AUGGUUGCCGUUUCAAGAAGAGAAAAUGGUGCGGCUACUGCCAACGAUGUUGAGCAGUGGGCAGUUGCCAUCACAAAGCAAUGGUCAGCUGAAGUGAGGCUGGAAAUUAGUCGUGAGAAGCAUCGAGCGAGAACGACACGAUAUCGUUCGAGACGCCAAGCAAGUCAAGAGGCGAUGAUUCGGGAACACCAGCGGUUAGAGGAAACGCUACGACGUGGUCUUGCCGCUGCCAAGCACACACUUGCUCGUGAUGGAGAAGGACAAGGCUUAAUGGUCGAGAUUCUACGCCUGGCGUUACAGCGCGAACGACUGAACUCGCAGAAUACGGAGCUCCGUGCAGCCCUUGCGCAUCACUACCAGUUUCAGAAACGGCUUUCAAACGCAAGCUUUCAAGUUUUCAAUGAAGAUCACAGUGACUCGAAUGACACGGGACAGGAGCAAAGUCAUCCAAAAGCCUCGCAUUCUGUCAACAACCCCGAGGACAGAUAUAGAGGAUGGCGGGUGCAUUUCGCGGACAACUCGCGUCCCUUUUAUUUCUACCCGUUCUCACGUGACAUUGUUGACAAGUCCGACCCGUUCGAUUCCAAAUUGACCAAACAUUGGCCGGCUGAGUCCCCAGUUGGCACAUUUAUGGGCUGGAAUCUGCACCAGACUAAACUCUUUCGAGACAACAAUCUUCCACUGUUGCGUGUAAAGCUGUUGAAGAAGUUCCGGUGCUCUAUCGAGGACGUUUACAAAGUUACAUGCAGUCAACCAAAAGCCUGUCGACCGACACUAGCAGUGCCGAAGAACUGGGGGUUAAAUCAGCGCUACGACGUCACGUUGCAGGUCCUCCAAGUGUUCGAUCAAGCCACGCAUCUCAUUGUCGACAACAUCCCAGGCCCUAUAAACCUGCGAUACUUGUGCGUUGCCCGAAAAACGCAAUGGGAAUUGAAAGGCGGUAAACGGGAAAUGUGCUUGAGCAUGGUGACCGUGGACUCGGAGGACAAUCAACGUAGACGGGCUGCAUCCCCCUCUACAAACGAGGUGGAAUGGCUCACUGAGGGUGGGAUGGUACUCACGCUAACGGAACUGGACGGAGGUUAA